AUGAUUCUGAUCCUGCUGUCUAUGAAUCUGCUGGGAUCUCUUUCAGGCCCACCCUGUAUAUGUGGGGACAAGACCAUCAAGGACCACAUGGUCGAUUUUGUCCUUGGAGAGUCGUAUCAGGAGGUCAACCUUGACGAUAACCCGUCAUUGCUGGAGCCGUUCUCUAUAGACAAUAUUAAAACACACGCUAGCUGUCGAGGGCCAGUAAGCGAUAUUGCCAGGUACAGGCGGUUGGUCCGACGUGCUUUAUUGGAUGAGUCGACGAAAAUGUUGAUUUUGUAUGUGAACCGCGAGUAUGUUCCCUCUUGCGCAAGAACUUCCCCAACCAAAUUCACCGUCUCUGCCAACCACAAGGGACGAUGGGCUGAAAUGCUCGGUCUACGACAGCGAAUCGACCGAGACAGAAAGCGAGUGACACCUGAGGAGCAGCCGUACAGCAGAGUACGCAAUCUGGUCACUACUGCUCGCCGUCGAGAGAGGCCCACGGAAGAAAGCUUCCAGCCUGCACCUGAUAUCCUCCAAAUGAAGGGGACCCCUUUCAGGCCACUGCCCUCGCUUUACGGCUCGAUAUCGCUCUACUUGCGGACCUUUCUAGGACUGCACCGCGACGCGGCAAAGCGAUCGCAAACUGUGAUUGUGAUAGACCUGUCGAGAGCCCGAAAAGAGUGCAAGAGUCUUUCCAUCAGACGGAGGGGGUAUAUCUUCCUGGCCCAGCUCCACUCAUUCGAGCGAUCGUAUGCCGCCUCAUCUAAGGUGGCAGAACAGCACGUUGUCCACGCCAAGGAAGCCCUCGAUCACGCCAAAGGCCUCUGUGUGUUUUGGCCGGGUCACACCAGGGGCCUGAUGGAGGAGAUUGAGGGCGUCGAGAAAAUGCUCCGGGGCACCACGUUCUACACCCCAGUAACCAACGAAGAACGCAUAGCGGUCAUUGCUGCGACGGCGCGCGAGUUCCGUGGAACGGGUCAUUGGUACUAUUGUCGUAAUGGACAUCCGUUCACUAUCGGGGAGUGUGGCAUGGCAAUGCGGAGAUCAGUCUGUCCUGAGUGCGGAGAGCCAGUUGGGCAAGAGAGCCAUGCGGCGGCAGAGGGAGUGACACAUGCGAGGGACUUGGAGGAGGGGAUGGAGCGGAUGCGCUUGGAGUAA